GAACGCACCCCAGGUUGCUCGCGCAGCGGUUCACUUGAUUGGAUAAACUGCCCAAAAGCGUAAUCCGGCAAAAAUGGGGGACGACUUGGGUGACGAGUGGUGGCAGCAUGACUGUGAAUCAGAUGUGUCCGAGGCGGAGGCGGAGGCCGAAAAAAAGAAAAGCCAUAACAAGCCAAUAAAAGGAAAGUCAAAUGCACCAAAGAAAGCAGAGAAGAGGACAAAGCUAAUGGAAAACACGGUGACGGCAAAGAAGAAGAAAAAGAAUGAAGAGGCGUCAAAGUUUCCAAAGCAGAAGAACGAGAAGGACACAUCGAGCGAUUCAGCCAAAAAGAGAAAGAGGAGGAAGAAGACCAUUACAGAUGUGUUGGCCGCCUCCGAGCCAAAACCAGGCUGUCCGGCAGACCUUCAGAACUCCCUCACACUUUACUUCUCAGACAAGCGCUCGGUGAUCGAGCAGGAGGAGCUCAAGCUGCACGACUCGUGUUUCCUGACCUGCAAUGACCUGACGCACAGCCUGUCGUCCUAUCUGAAGCAAAUUUGUCCCAAAUGGGCAAAAGUUCAGAGACAGCACACAGAAAAAAAAUCGGUGGUUCUGCUUAUCGUCUGCAGCUCUGCCCUCCGUGCCAUCGAGCUCAUAAAGCAACUGACAACAUUCAGGGGUGAAGCCAAGGCUGUAAAGCUUUUUGCAAAACACAUCAAGAUUGAGGAGCAGAUGAAGCUGCUGCAGAAGGGAGUCGUUCACAUAGGAGUGGGUACACCCUGUAGGAUCAGCGCCCUUAUUCAAAGAGAUGGAUUAAGCUUGCAGGCAUUGCGCUUUCUGGUUCUGGACUGGAACUGGAGAGACCAGAAGUGCAGGAGGAUGAUCGACAUUCCUGAGAUCAAACUGGAUGUUUUUAAGCUGCUGGAAAACUGGGUCCUCGACAGAUGCAAAGCAGAUAAAGUCAAAAUUGGACUGUUUUAACUCAAGAUUGUCAACUUAACUCUUAGCUAAUGAUUUAGACAAGCUCACUGGUUCAAAGCUUUGUGCUGCGGCAUCUUGCGCCUUGUCUGCCCACACGAUGCUUUUUACUAUUGUCAAGUGGAGUGUAAAAAUGUGCAACGCUGUUUGUUCGACAAAAUAUCUUGGCGGGAUGUUUUCAAUAAAUUGACUGGCAAAUGAAA